CAACCGCACAAAAAUAGUUUGUUUAUUGUUAGCUUCGUUCGUAUUUCGUGUAUGUCCUGUUGAAGAAAGAAGAUAAAAGUAUUAUCAAUUCCAACUGACAGUUUUGAGAAUAUCUAGGCCACUUUUCAUUUGACAAAGCAAAGAUGUCUGAAACUUCAGCCAAGACUUCAACGAAAAAAGGAUUCAAAGCUCCAGUUUUGAAUGCAUCGGGUGAUGUGUCAACAAUGCCUCCAGAUAAAACUAAUUCAGUAGAGGCCAAAGUGGCAAAGACACAGAAUAAGAAGGAUAAAGUUAUAAAGGGACAGGACAAGAAAAUGGAAUCAACUGAGGAAAGAGAACUUUCUAAAAAAGGAACUAAACCUAAGAAGGAUGUCAUCAAGGCUAAAGAUGUCACCGAAGGCGAAAAACCUCAAAAUAAAAAGAAGAUUAAAAAGGUCAAAGGAACUACUGGUACUGGAGAAAAUAAUACGAUUCCAAUAAAAGAAAAAAAGAUCAAAAAGAAGCCAGCAGAAACUCAAGGUGGAGAUGUAACUGAGACAUCUCAUCAAAAGGAAAAGAAGUUUAAAAAGCCUGAAGUGUCACUCUCAGAUUCACAGUAUGAAGAUAUAUUUCAAACGGUUUUACGGAAUGCCAACGAACCUAAUACACCAAUUGAAGAACUUAUAGAAGCUGUGGCGAGUUUGUCAGAAAAGACAUCAGUCAAGAGCUUCCAACAAUUAUCAGAUGGGUCAGUGAAGGCUGCUGGACCUUUGAGUGAACGCAACCUGUCCAUACCUAGUCCUUGGGGCUCUCACAUCAGCAAGCAAAACAGCCAGGCAUCCAGCAUUCUCAAGGAGCUGCAAGCGUCCCAGGCCAGCAGUCUACUGAGCCCUGAGCCGACCAGCAGCAGCAGUGACGAGGCAGACAAUGCUGAGGUGGUGUUGUCUCAGAGGUCUGUGCACAAUGCUGAGGUGGUGUUGUCUCAGAGGUCUGUGCACAAUGCUGAGGUGGUUUUGUCUCAGAGGUCUGUGCAGACACCGAGCAGACAUCAGCCUCGUAGACGCAGAGUAGACAAGCGCCCUGUGCUGGAGGAUCUGCAGGAGAAACGCAUCACAGGGCUGUGGGUGUUCUGUGAUCGCCUCACUUGUCAGAAGCAGCGCUACCUCCCAGACGUGACCGACCCUCAGGAUCUGCCUGACGUCUGGUAUUGUCACAUGAAUCCAGAUCCGAGAUACAACAGCUGUUCAUGUGAAGAGGAACAGCCCAGUCCAGAGGAAGAGGAGGACAUGAUAGACAAUGAGUUCACGUGUGGCUCCGUGGUGUGGGCUCAGGUCACUGGCUACCCCUGGUGGCCUGCCAUGGUGGACGAUGACCCGGACCUCGAGUGUUACUACUGGCUCUUAGAGGACAUGCGCACUGUUACAUGGUACCAUGUGGUGUUUUUCGACCCAAAAGAAGUGACUAGGGCUUGGAUUCCUAUCAGCAAAAUUGUUCCAUUCAAGAAGAAUUUGCAUUUAUUCAAAAAGCGUGUGUUGAGAGGUGUAGACUUCACAUCUCGUAUACAGGUUGCCAAAGACCAGGCUCUGGAAGCUUCGGCUAUGACAGUGAUACAGAGGCUCAGGAAGUUCAGCUUCAUUGCUCGCUACAAGGGACCCAUCUAUGACGAUCAACAACAAGUUGAAAUUACUAAGAAGAAGUACAAGUUGAAGUGCUCCAUUGGAAAGUCGGAGACAGAAAAAAGAGGGCGCAAGAGGCGGGCAAACACUGAAAGAUCACUUACACUUUUUGAAAAAGCUGCAAGUACCAGCCAAGGCAAAACACAUCUUGGCCAGAAAAAUCUAUCUGAGAAAAGCAACAAGAAGAAAUCAAUGUUUGACUCAGACACAGAUGACUCGGACACAUACAGCGGAGUUGCUAAAGUAGCGAAAAUGUUACUCGAUGACAAAUCCGAAACUAGAUCAGUGGCCUCUGGCUGUUCUUCAAAAAAUGACCCGGCAAAAACAAAUAAGAUAAGGCAAGAGGGAAGUGUGAAACCUUUGAGCAAAGAGGAGGGACUGAGCAAACAGGAGGGACUGAGCAAAGAUGAGGGGCUGAGCAAAGACAAAGAGGAGGGACUGAGCAAAGGCGGCAAGUCUGAUGCCUCAGAAACACCAUCUGGAAUUGUCUACAAUUCCAAAAUAAACACCACAAAGGAAACUGGCAACUCCGGUGAGCAAGGUAGCAAGCCUCCAUCAAUGGCGGGAAGUAAUAUGUCUCGUAAAUCAAAACUUCACAACUCUGAACCUGCAAUGUUGCCUGAAGAUUCGUUUGGCAAUGAGGUAGAGGCUAGCCAAGCUGUAGAUAGGCGCAUGGCAGAUGAUGAACUCUCACAUCAUAAACUGUCACAGAGUACAAUCACAGACUUCCUAGCAGCUGAGUCUGAGGACGCUGUGGUUCCUGACGCAAGCUUGACUCAACUGUCCGAACCUUUUGAAGAAUGAAGACAAUAUGUUUUGAGGAUAUAACUUUAACAAUGUUUUCAUACAAAGUUUUACUAGACAAUGAUAAUCCAGUGACUAAAGUUUUAAAUAAGUAUAGUUUACUUACUAGCGUUAAGUGCGUGUUAACACAACAGGAUAUGAUGAAAGGUUUUUUCAUGAAACACAUCGUUCAUUGUUAGGUAUAACAAGUGUGUGUUUUAAAACAUCAUAUUGACUUACAUUGUUAGUAAGUUACAUACUUAGGUUACAUUGUUCAAUAAUAUAAUUCAAGGGAUACUUUCAGUAUCAUAUAAGUUUUGUAUAACAUUAGGUAACAUCAAAUGUUAGGUUUAAGCAUACGAGAAGUUAAGUUCUAAAAAUAUCAUAGUAAUUUACAUUAGGUAAAUUCAAUAGGUAAUGUAACUUCUAGGAAUAUUUUUCAAUCACAUUUCGUUUAGGGUUAAAAUGUUACCUUAUUUAAUAAGGAUGCGUUUCUUUAUCAUCUUAGUUUAGUAAAACGUUAGGUAGGUGAUCCUAAGUGUUUUUUGGACUGUAGUUCAUGGAAUGAAAGCUUUCUUUGUUGUUAAGAAAACAACUGAAUAAAAUAAGCAUGAAGUUUUAAUUUAAUGUACGGGUACAGAUAUUUAUUUUUAAGAGUUCAACGCAUUUCCAUUUUUAAGUUUUGUUUUUUGUUUGGUUGUUCAAUAAAUUUUAAGAGUUGUUUGAGUAUAA